UCUUUAUUCCAGAAAGCCCCAUAGUUACACUUUCACAUUUGGAGAGGAGUAUAAGAGGAGUCACCAAACACAAAACUGAAAGUGUUCUCUGUCCUGCUGAGAAGGAUGUGGCUCACAGUCAUAUUCACUUUACUGCUUUUUAAAGCUUCAGCCGCACGUAUCAGUGGUGGCGGUUCUGAAACAGCUGUUUAUGGAGGAGAGGCUAAUUACAGAUGCACACUGGACAACCCGACAGGUGUGCUCCAGGUGACGUGGCAGAGGCUGUUUAAAGGUGACGACUCUAUAGAGAACAUGGCGACCUACAGCAAUCGUUUUGGACAACAAGUAAACGAACCGUACAAGGGAAAAGUUGUAUUUACAGAGGCGUCUCUCAGCUCUACAUCUAUUACAGUGAAGAAUCUCACAUGGGCGGAUGAAAGUUGUUAUAUUUGUUCGUUCAACGCUUAUCCUGAAGGGUCCAAAAGCUGGCCAACUUGUCUCACAGUGCAAGGAAUAUCUGAGGUGAAAACACAAGCGCGUGAAGAAGACCCUGGUGUUGUGUUUAGCUGCUCGGCCACGGGUAAACCGGCUCCGACCAUCGACUGGGACAUUUCAGCCGGAGCCGUCACCAUCAACCAAUCAGAGACAAGCGUUCUAAAAAACAGCGAUCGCACAUUAACCAGCAGCCGUAACAUCACACUGCGACUACCUCCAGAAUGGAACGGACAUGUGGACUGUGUGCUGAACCAAGACCAGAGGGGACGACAGCAGCAACGUAUCCCCUUUACACAAACUAAGGAAAAGAACAAAAACAAAGAACAACCACUUCUUGUAUGGAUCGUCCUUCCCAUCAUGUUUGUUGUGUUUCUUCUCGCCAUUGCUGUUGUGGCUAAGAUCAGGAAAAAAAGGACAAAAGCUGAUGGAGGAACUGGUAAUAUGUUAUGAGUCCAGUGGUUUUACCCUCAUCUGUCUUUCACUGUGGUCAUUGUGGACAUUCAAGCACGCAAACAGUGUGAUAAAGAAAUGUCAUUAUUUCAACAAUUCAAAAGAUCCAUCAAAAUAGGAAACUUUUCAAUGCACUUUUUUGCACUUUAUCUUUGCUAAAAAAGCUGAAUUUCAUGCAGGUGAAACAUAAAUGUAGAAUGUGAACAUGAUGCAGCAUAAAUGACCACUUAUAUAUUCUAUUUAUAAUAUUAUUUUAUUGGAGCUGUGACUAACAGUGACUUCAAAGUAGUGCAAUAUUCUGGGUUUUCAGCAUAUACUUCAAGUAGAAUAGAAACAGUCAUCAGAGGCG